AUGUUUUAUGCUAUAGACUCCUCAUCGCCGACACUUUCAAUCGACCGAACAAAUAAAUUAGGUCAUCUCCACACUUCGGAAAAUGUCCAUGGAGUUUUCGCCCCUCAUAACGUCCAGUUUAGACCUGGGGUUUUGGGUGAAUUUCAGAAGUACGCUGUUGAGAAAUGUAAGGCUCCAGCUGUUUCCAAGCUAUUGUACUUGGUCUUCCACUCAAAAAGUCCUCAUUGCUGGGUGGCUUAA